UAAAAAUGGCGGAAAGCAUGCUCGCAUGCAUGCUUAUUUGUUUAUACUUGUUUUUUUUGUAGAUUGUAAUUUCUUUAUAUAUUUGAAGAGGAAUAUUUCACAUCGAACGUCUUGUAAAGAAAGACUUUUUUUGAAAAAUUAUAAUCAUGGCUUCAAGUUCAAGGUUUAUAAGAAAAAUGAAAAGUUUAGCAAUAGUUGCAAUUGGAGGAGGUAUUGCUUUUUCUGGAAUUUCCUUAUAUAGAGGUAAUUCCAAAUUUUAUAGUGACAUUGCUUUGCCUAUGAUACAUGAAGUUUUAGAACCAGAGACUGCACACAGAUUUGGAGUAGUUACAGCUGGUGCUGGACUAAUACCUAAAUCUAAAGUUUGUGAUUCUCAAAUUCUGGAGACAUCAUUUUGGGGAUUAAAAAUUAAAAAUCCAAUUGGUUUAGCUGCUGGAUUUGAUAAAAAUUGUGAAGCAGUUCCAGGCAUAUUUAAAGCAGGCUUUGGAUUUGUAGAAAUUGGAUCUGUCACACCACUUCCUCAGCCAGGAAAUCCAAAGCCAAGGGUUUUUCGCUUAAAAAAUGAUUUAGGAAUUAUUAAUAACUAUGGCUUUAAUAAUGAAGGACAAGAUUAUGUAUAUAACAGAUUGCAAAAAAUAAAAGAAAACCAACCCAAUCUUAUUAUUGGUGUCAACUUAGGCAGAAAUAAAGAUAGUGCUUCUGCCAUUGAUGAUUACAAAAAAGGAGUUUUAAAAUUUGGAGAAUUAGCAGAUUAUUUAGUUAUUAACAUUUCCAGUCCAAAUACUCCAGGACUUCGAUCCUUACAGAAACGUAAACUACUUGAAGAAUUAUUGGAUAAUGUAUUAGAAGUAAGAAACAAACUUUUUAAAAAAACACCUCUUCUGGUAAAAAUUUCCCCAGAUACAACAUAUUCAGAAAGAGAAGAUAUUGCUAAAGCUGUGAAAAGAAAAGGGAAAGAAGUUGAUGGAUUGAUUGUAAGUAACACAACUAUUAGUAGACCAGACAAUCUUAUUGAUUUGGUUGAAAAUGAUGGUGGUCUGAGUGGCAAACCCUUAACAAAUAUGUCAACAGAAGCCAUCAGAGAUAUGUUUGUACUUACUGAAGGAAAAAUGUUAAUUAUUGGAGUGGGAGGUGUUUUUACUGGCAGAGAUGCCUAUGAAAAAAUUAAAGCAGGUGCUUCCCUCAUUCAGUUAUACACAGCACUUGUGUAUAAGGGUCCACCUGUUGUUACAGAAAUUAAGAAGGAAUUGGAAGAUUUAUUGAGGGCAGAUGGAUAUGCAAAUAUAAUAGAAGCUGUUGGAGCUGACAUAAAAUGGGGAGAGAGAAAUUUGCCUACAUAAUUUAUUUUUAUUUAUUUGUAAAUAUUGUAAACAUUUGAUAAGCUGUUUUAUAUAAAAGAAUAUUCUCAUAUUUGUAAUUAUAAAA